CCUGGUAAUCCUGAGCGGAAGUGUGACUUUCCUGGGCAGGAAGUUGUCAGCAGUGUUUUUGUUGCUAGUGGGGACUGUUGUGUUGUGAAAAUGGCGACGCCUCGUCGCUCCUCUCAGCAGCAGCAGCAGCCAAACUCCCUGCUGUCCUCCCCGCCCCGCGGCUCCUCUCGCCCCGGCACCCCGCCCGGCUCUCCGUCAGCACCCGCCGACGAUGCCACCCCGCUUUCCCGCGGAGCCGCAGGGGAGAGCGUGGCUGACGGCGAGGCUACCCCUGCCUCUCCCACCACCAGCUCCCCUGCUCUGGCCCUCUCCGCCAGCAGCAGCAGCAGCAGCAGCACUAGCUCUCCGACCACCACCGAGGGCAGCGGGACCAGCCCCGGCUCUACGCCCGACUCGGUCAGCGGGGACGCGGGCAGCAGCAGCGGCAGUAGUAGCGGCGGUGGUGGUGGUGGAGGUCCAAACGGGGCGUUCAGGGAGCUGUUUGAAGCCUGUCGAAACGGGGAUGUUUCCAGGGUGAAGAAACUAGUGGAUGCGGUGAAUGUGAACGCGAAAGAUAUGGCUGGACGUAAAUCGACGCCACUGCAUUUCGCUGCAGGUUUUGGGCGGAAAGAUGUGGUGGACCACCUGCUUCAGACAGGCGCUAAUGUGCAUGCACGGGAUGACGGGGGUCUGAUCCCGCUUCACAACGCCUGCUCGUUUGGUCACUCUGAGGUGGUGUCCUUGUUGCUGUGUCAGGGGGCCGACCCCAACGCUCGGGACAACUGGAACUACACGCCGCUCCACGAAGCUGCUAUCAAGGGCAAGAUAGACGUCUGUAUCGUGUUACUGCAGCAUGGAGCCGACCCCAACAUCCGCAACACCGACGGCAAGUCGGCCCUGGACCUGGCUGAACCCUCCGCCAAGGCCGUGCUCACAGGUGAAUACAAGAAGGAUGAGCUGCUGGAGGCGGCGAGGAGUGGAAACGAGGAGAAGCUAAUGGCCUUGCUCACUCCGCUCAACGUCAACUGCCACGCGAGCGACGGCCGCAAGUCUACUCCCCUCCACCUGGCAGCAGGAUACAACAGGGUGAGGAUAGUUCAGCUGUUACUACAGCACGGAGCAGAUGUUCAUGCCAAGGACAAGGGUGGUCUGGUGCCUCUACACAAUGCCUGCUCCUAUGGACACUAUGAAGUCACUGAGCUGCUGCUGAAGCAUGGCGCGUGUGUUAACGCCAUGGAUCUGUGGCAGUUCACCCCACUUCAUGAAGCAGCAUCUAAAAACAGAGUGGAGGUCUGCUCUCUGCUGCUGAGUCACGGUGCCGACCCGACCCUUCUGAAUUGCCACAGCAAGAGCUCCGUGGACAUGGCGCCCACUCCUGAGCUGAAGGAGAGACUCACAUAUGAAUUUAAGGGCCACUCGCUGCUUCAAGCUGCCCGCGAAGCUGACAUGGCCAAGGCUAAGAAGACCCUGGCACUGGAGAUCAUCAACUUCAAACACCCUCACACACACGAGACUGCACUGCACUGUGCCGUAGCAUCGCCGCACCCCAAGAGGAAACAGGUGACGGAGCUGCUGCUGAGGAAAGGCGCCAACGUAAAUGAGAAGAAUAAAGAUUUCAUGACUCCUCUCCAUGUGGCAGCAGAACGUGCUCACAAUGACAUCAUGGAGGUGCUACAGAAACAUGGUGCUAAGGUGAACGCCCUGGACACGCUGGGUCAGACGGCGUUACAUCGUGCAGCGCUCGCAGGCCACCUUCAGACCUGCAGGCUGUUGCUAGGAUACGGGGCAGACGCCUCGCUGGUGUCACUGCAGGGCUUCACUGCUGCUCAAAUGGGGAAUGAAGCUGUUCAGCAAAUACUCAACGAGAACGUCCCGGUGAGAAACUCCGAUGUGGACUACAGACUUCUGGAAGCUGCUAAAGCGGGAGACCUGGACACUGUCAAGUCGUUGUGUACAGCUCAGAAUGUGAAUUGCAGAGAUCUGGAGGGAAGACACUCCACUCCCCUUCACUUUGCUGCCGGCUACAACAGAGUGUCAGUGGUGGAGUACCUGCUGCACCACGGGGCCGACGUGCACGCCAAGGACAAAGGUGGCCUGGUCCCCCUCCAUAACGCCUGUUCGUACGGUCACUACGAGGUGGCCGAGCUGCUGGUCAGACACGGAGCCUCAGUCAACGUGGCCGACUUGUGGAAGUUCACGCCGCUCCACGAAGCUGCUGCCAAGGGCAAAUACGAGAUCUGCAAACUGCUGCUCAAGCACGGAGCGGACCCCACCAAGAAGAACCGAGACGGGAACACGCCUCUGGACUUGGUGAAAGACGGGGACACAGACAUCCAGGACCUGCUGAGAGGAGACGCAGCACUCCUGGAUGCCGCUAAGAAGGGCUGCCUGGCCCGGGUGCAGAAGUUAUGUAGCCCCGACAACAUUAACUGUCGGGAUACGCAGGGACGCAACUCGACACCUCUGCACCUCGCAGCCGGCUAUAACAACUUGGAAGUAGCAGAGUAUCUGCUGGAACAUGGAGCUGAUGUGAAUGCACAGGACAAAGGAGGGCUGAUACCGUUACACAAUGCUGCUUCAUACGGGCACGUGGACAUAGCCGCCCUGCUGAUCAAGUACAACACGUGCGUCAACGCCACGGACAAGUGGGCGUUUACUCCUCUCCACGAAGCGGCCCAGAAGGGGCGGACUCAGCUCUGCGCUCUGCUAUUGGCCCAUGGAGCCGAUCCCACCAUGAAGAACCAGGAGGGGCAGACUCCGCUGGACCUGGCAACGGCUGAUGACAUCAGAGCCUUGUUGAUUGACGCAAUGCCGCCAGAUGCCCUGCCAAGCUGUUUGAAACCCCAGGCCACUGUGGUGAGCGCAAGUGUGGUGAGUACAGGUGCGGCGGGGGGCGUGGUCAUCUCUCCCUCUCCAUCCCCGUCCUGCCUGUCUGCAGCCAGCAGCAUAGACAAUCUGACCACGCCCCUCAGUGACAUCACUGUGGGCGGGGCCACCGGACCAGCAGACGGAGCGUCUGGAUCCGACAGGAAGGAAGGAGAAAGUACGUGCACUCUGCUCGACAUGACCAUCAACCAGUUUUUGAAGAGCCUAGGGCUGGAACACCUCCGAGACAUCUUCCAGCGGGAACAGAUCUCGCUGGAUGUGCUGGCAGACAUGGGUCACGAAGAGCUGAAAGAGAUCGGCAUCAACGCUUACGGCCACAGACACAAACUCAUCAAGGGCAUCGAGAGGCUGCUGGGAGGCCAGCAAGGUGCUAACCCCUACCUGACGUUCCACUGCUCCAGCCAGGGCACCGUGCUGAUCGACCUGGCUCCAGACGACAAGGAGUUCCAGUCUGUGGAGGAGGAACUACAGAGCACGAUAAGAGAGCACCGCGAUGGAGGCAACGCAGGUGGAGUCUUCAGCCGGUACAACAUCAUUAAAAUUCAGAAGGUGGUGAAUAAGAAGCUAAGGGAGAGAUACGCACACAGACAGAAGGAAAUAGCUGACGAGAACCACAACCAUCACAACGAGAGAAUGCUCUUUCACGGUUCUCCCUUCAUCAAUGCCAUCAUCCAUAAGGGCUUUGACGAGCGGCACGCCUACAUCGGCGGUAUGUUUGGCGCCGGGAUCUAUUUUGCUGAGAACUCCUCAAAAAGCAACCAGUACGUGUACGGGAUUGGUGGAGGCACAGGAUGUCCCACCCACAAAGACCGCUCCUGCUACGUGUGCCACAGGCAGAUGCUGUUCUGCAGAGUGACACUGGGUAAGUCCUUUCUUCAGUUCAGUGCGAUGAAAAUGGCCCACGCCCCCCCAGGACACCACUCGGUUAUAGGAAGACCCAGUGUCAACGGUCUGGCUUAUGCAGAGUACGUCAUCUACAGAGGGGAGCAGGCUUACCCAGAAUACUUGAUCACCUACCAGAUUGUGAAGCCGGAGAGUCUGGCCACGCCCGCCGCCACCUCCGAGCAGAAGUCCUAAAACACAAUCACAGCUGGAUCCGAAGAAGGCCAGACUGCAAUGGACUCGAGCCACUCUCUGAGAGGACUAGAACUGAACUAGAGGGCGUUUCAAACCUCAGACCCCAAAUGAAAGUCUCCAGAGUUGAACUCGAGGUGGGCGAGGUGAGCUGUCGACCAGGCAGCGGUCAGACGAGCCUCAGAAACAGGACCCGGAUGUGUCUAAACAGGAGAAGAGGAUGAGUCACCAGUCGAAAUGUGAUAGUCCAAAGCAGCACACAGCAAAAUCCAUCACAUUCUGUAAUUAAUUGGGUCUAAUUUGCAGGAGAAAGUUUGAUCAACUUUUCUGGGAGUGUACCAGUAAGCUAAUUUCUAAAUUUGCAGGCCUCGGGCUUGAUCCUAAAAACCAUUAAAAAAAGUAAUUGGAACAGGACACAGUCCAAAGCUAAAAACAAACACCCCCCGAUUUUGCACCUUUGCCCACUGCUCAUGUAAUCUAGCCCCGGUUUUUAAUGUGUUGUUUUGGUAUUGUGUCCUCUUUUGGCUUUCGUGCAUCAUCCACAGCAACAAAAACAACAGCCCGAAGCCACUUCCAGAAAACAGCGAAUGUCGUGCUGAGAGAACAGGAAUCCGGCACAUUUUAUGUUACAGCUUGUCACAUUUUCACCGACGAGGCUCAUCCAAACAAGACACAGCUCUCUGUGUUGUUUCACAUCUUUUCUGCCGUAAACAGAGAAGAAAUCCUGAAACUAGUGCGAGCGGGGAGAAGUGACAGAGAUUACAGCGGACAAAUACCCAGAAGUCAAUAAGCAGAAAACAAACAGCAGACCAUAAACCACUGCUGUGAGCAGUGCUGGCUGCACACUUUCCACUACAGUUCAUACUGGGACCAUCUUACAUCCAGCAGCCAGACCAAACCAGCUGCUGCCAGUAAAACCUUAACAUUUCAUUUUGGGCCGUCUGCUAUUUAUCAGCUGCAGCUUAACGUUCAUAUUAUGUAACAUUAUAUUCAUGCAUAACAUUCUGCUACACUUGUGUGCCACUCAUUAACACCUAUAUAAUUUUAUUUUUUGUCUUUAAUGUCUCACACACUUCCCUGUGUUGUUGUUUACAUGAGCCUGCUGCCUUCUCACCCCUUUCCUCUCUACCUGUAACUGUGGCUGCCCCCUAGUGGUGCAACAGAGGAAUUGCUUGUUUGUUGUAUUGAGUUCAAUAGAACAAAUACAGGUGCAUCUCUCAAUAAAUAAGAAUAUCAUAGAAAAGUUUAUUUAUGUCACUAAUCAAAUUCUAAAAGUGGAAAUAACAGACGGAAACAUUUAAUGUCUUAAUUUACUUAAUUUCUUCUGAUUAUUAUGAUUAUGGCUUAUAUUUAAAAAAUACCUAAAAUUAAAAAAAAAAUCUUAAUGAAUAAAUAUAUAGAUAUAAAUAAUCUUGACAUUUACAGAUAGAAUGAUGUCCCUCUAUCAAAGUUCAAGUACAGGUAAAUCUCAAUAAAUUAGAAUAUCAUAGAAAGUUUAUUUAUGUCAGUAAACAGAGACAUAAAGUGGAAAUAACACAUUAUAUAGAUCCAUUACACACAGAAUGAAACAUUAUGUCUUAAUUUGUUUAAUUUCUUCAAAUUAUAAUGAUCAUGGCUUACAUUUAAUGAAGUCAUAAAAUUCAGUGUGUCAAAAAAUGGGAAUAUUGCAAAACACCAAUUUUAAAGAGUAUGUUUAAUAUGGAAAUGUUGGCCUCUGAAAAGUAUGUCCAUCUAUAUGACUCAAUACUUGGUUGGGGCUAUGGACUUCAACUACUGGAAAUGGACUUUUCCAUCAUAUUCUAAUGUAUUGAGAUGCACCUGUAUAUUGUAAUGAUAUAAAGGCAUUUCUGUAGGGAUUCAUUUAUACAUGUACAUGUGUUUUUUUUCCUGAGAUCUAUUCCAUUUUUGUGUUAUUCCUUUCAUGUUUCUUUAUUAUUGUUAGGUCAUCUUUAUAUUUCUGAGUUUACAAUAUUCAAACACAGGCUAAUGUGAAAAGUGAGCCAUGGAUCUGUAUCUUAGCAAGCCAUUCAGCGGGCUGGUCACAGGCUGCAAGAAGAUAUUUAUGUCCCGGAGAUCUGCAGGUUCACUGAGGAUGCUUUCACAUUUCUGUUUUUAUUAACCAUUUAUUGACACACUAACAUGUCAAACAAACCUCAUAACAGCAAGACUAGCAAAUUCCUCACACUAUCUACUGUACGUUUGAACUGUCUUUUUUUUUUUUUUUCUACUAUACCGACCAUGUUUUUCUGUUGAUUAUUUAUGAUUGUUUUCCAUUGAUGACACUGUACACCAUAUAUGGGACCACACAGGUCAAAUCAAGCAGUGCUAAGGGUUUUUGAAAUGCCUUGAAAAUGUGUGGAGUGGAAAGGGAAAUGGCCUUAAGAGUUUUUUGAGAAUUAAUAGAUUGUCACUUUGGUUUACUCACAUCAGGCAACAGUGAAAGAGAGAAAGCUGCUUCAUCUCCGUCACAUCUCACAAAGCUGCUUUGAUAUUUAAUUUCUUUUCAUCCCGACUUUGUUGGAAUUACAGCGUCUGCCAGUCAAACUCAGAUUUCAGCUGAUUUGCACUUUCCAAAGGUGAACAUGACGUUGGUCUGAGCCGAGUGCAAACAAACAUUGAAUCCAUGUUGAAGUGUGAGCUGAGCCUGAAAUCUCCUCAGACAAAGCUAACCAGUAGCUGAAAAUAGCCCUUAAACUAUUACACUGAACGUUUUUGUCAGGCUAUUUUCAAGCCAUGAAAUUUUCACAUCAGCAUUUUUUUUUACCCCCUCAGUUCGGCAGAGCAAGCUAUUCCUAGCAAUAGUUUAUCCCAAUAACAAUAAAUGACAGCGUGAAUUAUUAGAGCAGCAGCACAUUUCAGCAAAUUACAAAGUGAUUCAUUUCAGGGAGAAGUGAAAGGAAAUUAAUUAAAAAUUAAAUAAAAUAAGUAGUUUGGACUAACAACUGAUGACUCAAGUUAAAAAGAAGAGAAAAACUAAUAAGCUUGAAAUUAAAUUGUAAUGGAUAAAAGUUUUUAAAGGACUUGCAGCACUGAGAUGGAGUUAAUGCAGUAUAUGGCCCUAUUUAAAAGCCACUACGUUAAAGUAUGUAAGACAUGACUGAAAUAUGAAAGUGAUUUUACCUGCAGGGAAGACGUUUCUCUUCCUCUUAGGUGCAUCUCAAAAAAAUAGAAUGUCAUAGAAAAGUUUAUUUAUGGCAGUAAUUCAAUUCAAAAAGUGGAAAAAAACACAUUAUAUAGAUCCAUUACACACAGAAUGUGUGUAAAAAAAAUUCAGUGUCUCAAAAAAUGUUAAUAUUACAAAAGACCAAUUUUAAAAAAUAUGUUUAAUAUGGAAAUGUUGGCAUCUAUAUGUACUCAAUACUUGGUUGGGGCUGUUUGACCUAAACUCCUGGAAAUUGACUUUUCCAUCAUAUUCUAAUUUAUUGAGAUGCACCUGUACAUAAUGACCAUCAAAUGAUUGUUUCUCCUCAAGAAAAUAAUUUAAAAUCUGUUUUUUAACAAACUGACUCAACUGAUAAAGUUAUGAUUUCGUUUUCAUGGUUGAAUGAAAAACAAAGAAUGUUUCAUUGAAUACUUCACCCUUAAAAUAUCCAUUUUUUAUAUCAAUUGGGAAACUUAAUUCACAUGCCUUCACAGUCAGCGAAGAAUUCAAAAACAGAGAAAGGGAUUUUUUAAUUUAAUUCUCCAUUCCUCAAGGAGGCACGCAAGGCCCUCAACAACUCGAGGCCACAUGGGCUGAGGAAUUGAUAUAUAAAAAUGGUGAUUUUGGGAGUGAAGAAUCGGUUUGAAGUCAGCUUUUCUGAGACAUUUUCAGGGACGCUGUCUGUGUGUUGUCCCUGAUCAGUCAGCACUAAGACAAAGGUUUCAGAUGAAGUGGCAGCAUUACUGUCGGCUCUCUUGGCAUACACACAGCAGGUGGAGUUUAUGUUUAUGGUGCUGACCUCAUUAAGGUCAGCAGCAGCAGCAGCGUAUGAUUUAUUAUCAGAGAGCCGGGGACUUUGUUUUAAAUGAGACUGUAAAUAAACUAACUCCAGAUGGGCCUUUAAUGGGGCUUUUAUGGAUGAUUUUGAGUUUAUUUUUCUUGUUCUUUUUUUUUCUUUGAAAGACUUUUCAAAGACUUUUUUAUGUGAUAACUAUUUGAAUUGUGUUUUAGCUGGCCUGCCUCUACUUAUCUGUCUCAAGGGCCAGUCAGCCAUCCUGAUGUAAAUAGUUUGGAGCGGUGUGUGUGUGAGUGUGUGUGUGAGUGUGCGAGUGUGUGUGUGUGUUCAAUCAAUCCAUGCCUCACCUUCUGACCUGCCUUCUACCAAAAGCCACCAGUUUAAUUAACACAUUUCCUCGUCAGUGAUGUGUGACCUCCUGUUGUACAGACGGUUGUACAGAGCUGCUGACCAGCUAACACGUGGAAAAGAUCAACUCUUCACUCUUGUACAGAAGAAAAUCUUAAUAAAAGAACUUAACAAAG